UGGAAAUCUCAGUGUCAAGCCGAAAAUAUACAGGAUUAUUUUCAUAAGUUAGAAGAAAAAUAUAAAACAGGGAUUUGUAGCUAAUAUUUUUGGGAUCCAUUUUAGCUAAAAAUUUAUUGGAGCAGAUAUCAUAUUUGACACACAUGUACAUGUUCAUGUAGGCAACCGACACAAAAAAAUUGAUGAAGAUGAAAACUGCAAAAAAGGUGCGUGAAGUCAGUUGCGAGUUUUUAGAGAACACUUCAGCGCACGGCCUCCCCAAUGCGCACCGUGCCACAAGCGUCCCUAGGAAAGUCAUCUGGAGUCUGAUCUUCCUGGGAAGUCUGGCAGGGUUUACAACUCAGUCCUAUCUUCUACUGGAUGCUUUCUUUAAAUACCCCCACAAUGUGGACAUUCGUCGAGAGUUUGGGAAAAAGGUUACGUUUCCAGCAGUCACAAUAUGUAACUUGAAUCCAAUUAGGCUGAAUAAAAUCAGAGAGAAACUUGAAAGUGGAAACGUUAGUUCAAUUGUGACAUCACUAACCGACAGUAGAUGGCCAGAACAACUUGUACCAGAAGAGUUCGUACAAGAAGCUCAGGGAAUUCUUUCGCAGAUGGAUGAGAUCCAAGAAGACCUGUUGUCUCCACCGCCACCUCUUCGGAGAAAGAGGAGCCUGCUGUCGCACAUGGGUUCACGUAUUAAUGGGUCAAUUUCAUCGCCCUCCUCAUCAUCGACACUAUCUUCUCCUUCUUCAUCGAUAUCAACGAGUCCAUCUCAAACUACAGAUACACUGUAUACAACAGAAAGUUCUAAUUCCAAUAGUCUCAGCCAAUACUGGGAUGCCAGGGAGGGGACGGGCAAUUAUUUUAAGGACAAACCAAACGAUAUGAAAACCAGCGAGUUGUUCGAACAGUUAUACACCAAAAUGGAUGAUCAAGAUAGAGCAUAUUUUGGACAUGACUUAAAAAAUAUGCUUGUCUCGUGUACCUACGGCGGGAGCAGCUGCUCGCCAUCGAAUUUUACCAAAUCCUUUCAUUACAAGUACGGAAGUUGCUACACCUUUAAUUCGGUCAAAGUAGACGGCAGCUAUUUGACGUCCUAUCGACCGGGCCCACUGUUUGGGCUUAGCCUGCAGCUGGACGUGGAGCAGGAACAGUACUUGGGGGGUCUCUCCAAAGAGGCAGGGAUGCGCGUUUUAGUCCACAGUCAAGGUAACAUAGCGUUUCCAGAAGACGAGGGCUUCACCGUAUCACCAGGUUUUGCAACUUCAGUAGGACUCAAACUGGUGUCGACGUCCCGACUGACCUACCCCUAUGUCAGUAACUGUACCAAUGGCUUGACAACGCUCUACAGAAAUGUGACCGAAGAAAAUCAAUAUUCAGUUCAGCAACUACAGCUUCCCCAGUGGGCGUAG